CACCAUGACCCUCCUCACAUUAGUCGAGGACCGUCCGACGCCUCCCCAGGUCUACAACUGGCGGAUUUAUCUGUUAGCAGCCGUCGCUUCAUGUGCCUCGUGCAUGAUCGGCUAUGACAGCGCCUUUAUCGGGCAAACCAUCGAACUCGACUCCUUCCAAGAUGAAUUCCACUUCAACGAAUGGUCCGACGAAAAGGUCGACCUGGUCUCUGCCAACAUCGUCUCCCUCUACCAAGCUGGCGCCUUUUUCGGCGCUCUGUUCGCCUACCCGAUCGGCUACUUCUGGGGCAGAAAAUGGGGCCUCCUCGCUACCGGUAUCAUCUUCACGCUUGGCUCGGGAUUGAUGCUCGGUGCGAAUGGCCAGCGUGGACUGGGGAUCAUGUAUGCUGGACGUGUUCUCGCAGGAAUUGGAGUCGGUGCUGGGUCGAAUCUCACCCCGAUUUAUAUUUCUGAACUUGCGCCUCCUGCGAUUCGUGGUCGCUUGGUGGGUGUUUAUGAAUUGGGAUGGCAGAUUGGGGGGUUGGUUGGGUUUUGGAUUAACUACGGUGUUGAUACGACCAUGCCUCCCUCGCACACACAAUGGCUCAUUCCCUUUGCCGUCCAACUCAUCCCAUCCGGUCUACUACUAAUUGGAUCGCUGGUCAUCCGUGAAUCACCCCGAUGGCUCUUCUCCCGCGGCCGACGCGAAGAAGCGAUCGCCAACCUGUGCUGGGUGCGCCAACUCGACGCGAAUGAAAUCUACAUGAUUGAAGAAAUCGGCGGCAUCGACCAAGCACUGGAAGAACAAAAAGCAGCGAUCGGAAUUGGUUUCUGGAAGCCAUUCAUCGCAGCCUGGGAGAGCCCGCGUGUCAAAUGGCGGCUGUUCCUCGGUUUCAUGCUGUUCUUCUGGCAGAAUGGGUCGGGCAUUAACGCCAUCAAUUACUACAGUCCGAGUAUUUUCAAGAGUAUCGGUAUUAAAGGAGAGACCAACUCGCUGUGCUCUGGUAUCUUUGGCGUGGUUAAGAUGGUUGUGACGGUCAUCUGGCUGCUGUGGUUGAUUGACCAGCUUGGUCGGCGCAAGUUGUUGAUGGCUGGUGGUGUGACGGGUUCCAUCUGUCUGUGGGUGAUCGGUGCUUAUAUCUGCGUUGUUGAGCCAGAUAACAAGCCAGACCUGAAGCUGAAUGGCUCUGGCAUUAUGGCCAUUUUCUUCUUCUACCUGUAUACUGCGUGUUAUACCCCGACGUGGAAUGGUACACCGUGGGUGCUGAACUCGGAAAUGUUCGAUCCCAACAUGCGAGCUGUCGCACAGGCAGGAGCCGCAGCCAGUAAUUGGUUCUGGAAUUUCAUAGUGUCCCGAUUCACCCCCCAAAUGCUGUCGACCAUGGGCUACGGAAUGUACUUUUUCUUCGCCAGCCUCAUGCUGCUCUCUGUCAUCUUCGUCUUCUUCCUCAUCCCUGAGACAAAAGGAGUGCCCCUCGAAGCGAUGGACCGACUAUUCGAGACUAAGCCCGUGUGGCGUGCGCAUGGGAAAAUCAUGACGCAGCUGCAUGAGGACGAGGAUAUGUUCCGGCGAGGGAUUGAGAAUGUCAAACUGGGCGAGGAUAAGGGGAGGGAGGAGUUUGUGGAGAACGCAUAGAUUUGUACAUAUAGAAUAGACAGCAGUGAUUGACAGGUUCAAUAUGGCUGAAAUCGGUCUUCUUCCAGGUGACACAUCAGAGAUGGGCGUACUUUAUCAUGCCGUGACUAAUUUAUUGGUUCUUCGAUGCUUGCAUAUCCGUCAGAUGGACCAGUCACAUC